GGUUUGAGGACAGAUACGUCAGGUUGCUUUUUGCUCUGUGCAUCACCAACCUGCAGAAGAGUGGCUUUAUACACUCCACGCGAGGAAAAGAGGAGCAUCUUUGACCCGAAUAGCAGCACUUGAAAACCAUGGCAUUUGCAGGGAUGCUGAGCGAUGAAGCCAUCAAGGCUGCAGUCCGGGCUUGUCAAGCUCCUGGCACGUUUGACUACAAGGCUUUUUUCGCAGAAGUGGGCCUGACUGGCUCUCCUGAAGACAACAGGAUCAGUGUGUUUACAGUCCUAGACCAGGACAAGAGUGGGUACAUCGAGGAGGAGGAGCUAAAACUAUUCCUCCAGAACUUCUCUCCUGGAGCGAGGGAGCUGACAGUGGCUGAAACUAAGACUCUGAUGGCUGCGGGAGACAAAGACGGGGAUGGAAAGAUCGGCGUUGAAGAGUUUUGUGAUCUUCUGAAAUAAGUCCUGAAUACAGUCUUAGCGAUAGUGCAACUUUCCAGGUUGUUUUAUGCAAAGACAAGAAACCUCAGUGGACCUCAACCGCCCUGCUGCCCAUCCAUGUGUUUAACCUGUUGAACAUUGAGAGUAAAUGUGAAGUGUCAAUAAAUCCAUCUCAAAUGUG